AUGCCUGAGGAAAGCAGAGCCGUUCUCCCUGAAGCCACAAUCGUAGAGGCCCCUAGUAUGCAAACGUCAGGUGCCCAUCAGUCUCCCAAAGGAACAUCUACCUCACGGCAAUCGUCUUCAGCCCCCUCCGCCGACAACACGACAUUUCGAAGGGCGAGUCCACCACGUUCGGCGGACCAAACAGCUGAAGGAGAGCCGCCCCAGGGCGCAGUCGCGCAGCAAUCUGUCCAUCUCGCUAGCGUUGGCCCAGCAACUGAUCAGAGUAAGAAACGCGGGCGCUUACAGGACGACCAGCCAGCGAACGAUGUGGAUGAGGAAGAAGAGGCGGCAGCGGUGCGGCCCCCGAAGCGGUCAAAACCGACGAUCGGAGAGCACGUGGAUAGCAGUUAUGGAGGAAAUCUUGGACAGUCUCGCUCAGAACCAGCCGAGUAUGAGGGGUCCACUCAAGAAUCCCCAAGCAUGGCAGACUUAUACGACAAGGAAAUCCGCGCCCUCGGAGAAGAAGAAGGUUCUCAAGGCAAGCCAUGA